GAAAGCGUGACAGAUAUUUUAUUUUAAUUUAAUAUAAAUUUCAAGUACUGAACUAUCAAGUUCGAUAUGUGUAUAUGCAGUGCGUGUAGCUCUGUAGAUAAUUGCUGUGGCCCGCUAGAUAAGAAAGCCGAAUUUUUCGCCUGUUGGACCUUUGUACAUGGCAUUAUCUACACUAUACUUUGUUUAAGAUAUGAUUUAAAUUACAAAGACUAUGCGCAUUUUGGAUAUGUUUUUUGGAUACCGCAUAUGCUUGCAGGACUGUUGAUGAUGUACAGCAUUUAUAAAAAACAAGCAUCGCUUUAUCUGUGGAGUCUCAUAGCUAGUUCUUUUGUGCCUUUUAUUUUCUUUCUUUUUGUAUAUUUGCCAAUAUUUCAGAUCUUCUUUAUAAUAGUUGGCUGCAGAUAUUAUAGUACUGCAUUGAUAUAAGGAUGUUAUGUUGUGUACAAAAAAAAAUAAUUAUAAAUUGUAUGUGUAAAUCGUGUUUA